AUUCGCUUAACUAUUAAUUUACAGACGUGGAUUGCGAACGGCGCAACAAAAUUUUAUUUUUAUGUCAACAGCAUUACAAAGGAAGUUGACGGAAUUUUUCGUAUUUACGAAAACGAUCAAAAUAUCAGUGUAGAACGUGUGCAGUGGAAUCUGUUUCCUACUGAAGCAGAUGUUUCAGAUGAAGAAAACCCUAACAAUCUUAUACAUCUCGGAGCACAAGUCUUCGUAUGGAAUGACUGUAUACUUCGAGCUAAAGGAAACACCGAUUAUUUGGCAUUAUCAGACUUUGAUGAAAUUUUUGUGGCAUUUGAUAAUCGCACGCUAUUGUCGGCUCUGGACAAUCAGUUAAGGGAAAACAAAAAUAUUGCUUCUAUUAUGUUUCAGAGCACAUAUGGACAGACAUAUGUCAGUUAA